GAGAAUCUUGUGUAUUGUCAUUUGACUCCGAGUCUGAGCCUGCCGCCAGCACGUCAACGAGGCGUCAACGUUUGUGAAUGUUGCAAAGCAGUCCUGAAAACGUCCUUUGCUCCCAAACUGAGCUCGCCUUCGUUGUCCUGGUGACUAAACUUCAAAGCGUCUCUGCUCUGCGUAAGGCGCAAUGGAGGUGGAAGGCAGGCAGGUGGCGCUGGUGGAACAGUUUGUUCUCUUGGCGAAGAAUGUCCGCGGUCGAGGAGCGGCUGAAAUUGUGAAGCAGGCUACAUGCGAGCCAGGACUUUUUGCAUUUGGAGAACUGCUGGACACCCCCUCCAUACAGGAGUUGCAAGGUUCAGAGCAUGCAGCAGCUCUGGAUCUACUAAGACUCUUUGCACAUGGUACUUGGACAGAUUACAAAAAUCAUGCAAGCUCGCUGCCCCCAUUGACCCCUCCCCAAAUUCUAAAGCUCAAGCAACUGACAGUCAUGUCCUUGGCGGAGAAUUCAAAGACCCUUCCUUACGACCUUCUUUCGAACGAGCUGGAUAUCUCAAACACCCGGGAACUAGAGGAUUUUGUCAUCAAUGACUGCAUGUACACGGGCAUUUUGGACGCAAAGUUGGACCAGAGGCAGCGACGUGUAGAGGUGCAAGCUUCCGCCGGACGUGAUAUUAGGCCAGGCCAGUUGCAGAUCAUGGCCGGAGCUCUGGAGGACUGGUUGAAGACGUCAGAAGAGCUCCUCCAAACAAUCCAAGAGAAAGUCACGUACGCAGAGCGGCUGAGUGAGGAGCAUCGGAAGCACAAGGCAGAAGUGGACGCACGGAAAGACGAGGCGACCAAGAGCCUGAAGUCUGAAACGGAGCAACCAGCGCACGACUUCGGUGACCCAAGUGCCAUGGAAUACGUGGAGGAAGAAAGAGUGCGACCAAAGAGGUCCCUAAAAAGAUUGGCAAAGGCGCUGAGUUGAGCUGUGUCUAAAGAUGGCACCGCUCGAUGUUGGGCUCAAAGUCAGAUAUUGACGAGUCGAGAAACCAUUGGAGCUUCGAAGUUCGAUACACAAUGCACAAGCCGUGAGCAACAACGUUUCAUUGAAAUGCGGGAUGCUUACACUUGCCUCAUGCUGGUUCAGUGCUUCGACUCACCUUUUCUAGGAGCACAGUCCCUUACCCAAUUGUGACGUACUAGUAUCCCUGCAGAACUGAAUCACUCGCAACUGUAUUGAUGAGUACAGUAGCCUUGCAAUCACCUAACGACUUCGUCGCAGAUUCUGUGAGAAAUGCGUCUACUGCAUCUUGACGGCCUGUAAAGCCAAUCAAAUCGAGGCUUGAUCAAGUUUGAUUGUAAGAAUUAUCCAUAUCGAAUCAACAUUCGAAGCCGAAGCAAGCCAAUCCCUCACGCGUAGGUUACCAUCCUGUCUUUGUAGACACAUUGAAGAAACCAUUUACUGAUUAAGAUAUCGACCGUCACGAAACCAUUUACUGAUUGUGAUAUCGACCGUCACGGUCCUAGUGCGAACAAUAUCGGAUGAUUGUACUAGUGUUGAUUCUUUAAAAUUUUCGG